AUGCAGGAUGUUUUAUUUAAACUUAAUGACAUUGCUAAAGAAAUUGCGCUCAAAAAAGAUGGAAAAUAUUUAACAAAAAAGUAUAUUGAUAUCGACUCUUUGCUUUUAUGGGAAUGUAAUGAAGAGAACAUCAAUGAUAAAAUGUGUAAAAAAUUUAAACAUAUAGUGUCCUCGCUGUUCGGAUACACGGUGUCUAUUUUGUUCAUGGAAGAGACAAGAACUCAGUAA